AUGGCAUCACGAAAUAUGAUGAGUCAAAAUGAAAAUUCAUUAAUAGAAACAAAAAAAACUUCGAAAUCCUCAAAAAAUCAUACUUAUGAUCUUGAUUGGAUCAAAAAUACAAAUGCUAGAUCAUUUUUAACUGAUGAACGACAUUUAUUAAAAAGACCUAUUACAGAUCAAGGAUGUCAAAAACGUUUAAGUAAAUAUAAUGGAAUUGUUAAUCGUAUGACAUCUGAACAAAUUGAUGAAGAAUUAAAACAACGACAAUUAUCAACAAGUGGUGAGAUUAAAAUUCGUCGUAUCCGUUUAAAACAUCAUUAUAAAGCUCAAUUAACAUUUGGAUGUGAAAAUCCUCUAAAAAUGAUUCAACAACAUUUUGAAUAUAUUGCUGUUGUGGAUUUUGAAGCAACAUGUAAUAAUAAUCAAGGAAAUAAUUAUCAACAUGAAAUUAUUGAAUUUCCUAUUGUUCUUAUCAAUGUACAACAACAAAUGAUUGUUGAUAAAUUUCAUUCAUAUUGUCGACCAACAAUAAAACCUAUUUUGUCAAAUUUUUGUACAGAAUUAACUGGUAUUGAACAACAUCAAGUAGAUAAUGCUCCUACAUUUCCUGAAGUUCUACGUAAUGUUGAAACUUGGUUAAAUGAAAGAAAUCUUUUAUCAUCAAAUAAACGUAAAUGUGCAUUUGCUACAGAUGGUCCAUGGGAUUUUGCAAAAUUUCUUCGACUUCAAUGUCGUUUUAAUUCUAUACCAUAUCCACGAUGGGCUAAAAAAUGGAUUAAUAUUCGAAAAGAAUUUGCUAAUUUUUAUUCUCUACAACGAUGUGGUAUUGGAAAAAUGUUAGAAAGUCUUGGUCUAAUAUUUGAUGGUCGUCGUCAUUCAGGUCUUGAUGAUUCAAUAAAUAUAGCUCGAAUUGCGCUAGAAUUAAUUAAGGAUGGUUGUGUUUUAUUAUUGAAUGAUGGUAUUCGUGCAUCGGAUCCUAAAUUUAUUGAUUUAAAUAUUAGUAAUAGUGAAAUACAAGAUCUUGAUGAAAAAGAAAAAGAAGAAGAAGAAGAAGAAGAAGAAGAAGACGAACCAAAACUAAAUGAUAGUUUAGUUGUUUUGGAUGAAUAA